GAUUUGGCUACAUCAUAGCCUUAAUAAAAUAAAUCAGUUCAUAAUAAAAAGAAUAAAAUCUACAAUCAUAGUUAAGAACAAGGAAGAAUAAAACCCAAUUCGAGGAAAUCGAACUCCUUGAUCUUCUAUUGUUGAAUCCUCUAUUUUGACCUCCAAGAAUGCCCAAGAGAGGGCUGCCACAAGCCUCUCCAAGCUCUCUUCAUUCUCUGAAUUUGGAUAGCGCAAACAAGGGGAUUGGACUGGGAAUAUGGAAGCAGUCAGCCGAAAAAGGGAUCUUGCCAGUAUCGCUUCUCUGACAGAUUUCAUCAAAUCCCAGUUUGGAAAGCUCGAUAUCUUGGUGAACAACGCAGGAAUUCCUGGCGUCAUAGCAGAUGCUGAUGCUCUAGAGCUUCAAAUUUUGGAAAGUGUUGAAGAAGGUGCUGCAGGUCCUACGAGAUUGGCUUUGCUACCCAAUGGUGGCCCUUCCGACCUCUCCUUCAAGCAAAUGGAGGAACAGGAAUUUUGAUGAGGUUGUGGGAAAAGUUUAUGUUUUUCCUAUGUUUGUAGCUUGUGUUUUUAAGUGCAUGGAAAAAGUACAUUAACAGUAUGAUGUUGAUCCAAAAGACAUGUAUGUUUGGGAAUAAUUUGUAUGUGAUUAU